GGUUUAUGAGGUUUAUGGUUCUUAGUAUAAAUAAGAUUGUAAAGAAACUCUUGAAUGUUAAGCAAUGAGAAAUUAGAAAGCUUCAGUCUUGUUAAAGUGUUCUUACUUUCAUGGUAUUAGAGCUCAUGGAAAUCGCAUCCAUGGCCUCAUAUUCGGUUCCUUCUCUCAACAUCUCAAACUGUGUUACGGUGACUCUUACUCAGAAGAACUACAUCCUUUGGAAGAGCCAGUUCGAAUCGUUUCUAGCUGGUCAAGGGUUACUGGGAUUCGUCAAUGGAUCUAUUCCUGCUCCAAACACCACGGCUGUUGCAACAAGUCUAGACGGCACUAGAACAGAGUCAACAAACCCAGAGUUCUCGACUUGGUACCGUACAUAUCAGGUGGUCAAGUCGUGGCUUUUAGGGUCUUUCUCAGAAGACAUACUGAGUGUCGUAGCUAGUUGCUCUACUUCAAACCAGGUAUGGAUGUCACUCGCCAACCAUUUUAACAGAGUAUCCUCAUCUAGAUUGUUUGAGCUUCAGAGGCGUUUACAAACCUUAGAUAAGAAAGAUAGGUCUAUGGAAUCAUAUCUUAGAGAUCUUAAGGGAGUCUGUGACCAGUUAGCCUCUGUUGAUAGCCCUGUUCAAGAAAAGAUGAAGAUUUUCGCUGCUUUGAAUGGUUUAGGCCGAGAAUAUGAACCCAUCAAGACCACCAUCGAAACGCUUGUUGAUGGUUCCCCUGCUUUGACUUUGGAUGAUAUAAUACCGAAGUUGACUGGUUAUGAUGAUCGUUUACAAGGAUAUCUAGCUGAAACUGCUGCGGCUGUAACACCACAUGUUGCCUUUCACGUUUCUCAACCCUCGAAUGAGUACUAUCAUCAGAAUAGCUUUAGAGGACGAGGAAAUGGUAACAGAUCCGGUCGUGGCAGAGGUUCGUUCUCCACAAGAGGCAGAGGGUUUCAUCAGCAAAUCUCGUCUAAUGGUUCUCAAAUGACUCGAAGUGCAUUGGUUUGUCAAAUUUGCAGUAAAACAGGACAUCAUGCUCUCAAAUGUUGGGAUCGGUUUGAUAAUGGGUAUCAGUAUGAAGAAGAUGUUCCAAGAGCUUUAGCUGCGAUGAGGAUUACAGAAGUUACUGAUCAACAAGGCACAGACUGGCUCCCAGACUCUGGUUCCUCUGCACAUGUCACCAACACUGUUCAAAACCUGCAGCAGUCUCAACCAUACCACGGUAAUGAUUCGGUAAUGGUGGGUGAUGGUUCCUUCCUUCCCAUCACUCACACAGGUUCAACCAGUAUAGCUUCUACCUCAGGCCACAAAGAAGCUUCUGGUAAUGGGAAGUCUGCAUAAUAAUCAAUACAGUCUGGAGGAUCCAACACAUCAAGUCUUUUUCUCCACACAGAAACACUCCACCAGUGACGAAGUUUGGCACAGAAGGCUUGGUCAUCCGAAUAUGCAAGUCCUCCAGCAGCUUGAAAAAUGCGGUUCCAUCUCAAUCAGUAGAAUCACGAAGGCAGUGUGUGAGGCUUGUCAACUUGGCAAGAGCUCAAGACUUCCAUUUUCUGUUUCUUCUUUUUUCUGCAUCUAAACCUCUUGAGAGGAUUCACUGUGAUCUGUGGGGACCCUCUCCAAUAAUGUCUGUUCAAGGAUUUCGGUUCUAUGUAGUGUUUGUUGACAAUU